GGUAAGUCUGCCUUAUAUACCGUCCGCGGCCUCCUUCAUGUCUCCUCAAUUCCUCAGCAUUGUUAUAAACACUUUUAUAUCAUCAACCUCGCCUAUCCUACGUCUGUUCACACUCUCACUCGUUCAUUCGCCAUUCCUUCUGUUCCUUACCGCCGUCUAAAAAGAAACGUCAUCUUUCUCACCUCAUAUUCACCAACAUGCUGUCCGCAGAACGAACAACAAGACCCCAUCCUUUCCUCUACCCUAGCCGGCGCAUCAAGUCCACCUUAGACGUCUCUGUACAAGCAAUGCAGUCAGACAACGACCAUAUAGAGCACAUAUGGAUCAUCACCGGUCCCGCUGGCUGUGGAAAGACCACAGUGGCCCAGCAUCUGGCCAGCGAAUUGUCCUUACCUUAUGUGGAGGGAGACGAUUUCCAUCCUGCCGCCAACAAGCAGAAAAUGGCCUCGGGCAUUCCACUCACAGACGCCGACCGCUGGGACUGGUUGAUCACUGUCAGAAAUGAAGCCAUCAAACGCCUGCAGCAUUCGAAUGGUGUUAUUGUCACAUGCUCCGCCCUCAAACACAAGUACCGAGACGUAAUUCGAGUCGCAAACUACGAGCAUCCUUCAGUUCAGAUCCAUUUCGUGUACCUCAAAGUUGACGAGUCCACUCUGCAGAAGCGGGUAGCCUCCCGAGUUGGUCAUUAUAUGAAAGAGGGUAUGGUGCAUAGCCAGAUGGCUGCACUGGAGGAGCCCGAAGAAGACCUAGAGUGGGAUGUACUUCCGGUGGACGUUAGAGAGGACAAGGAGUCUGUCAAGAAACAUGCCCUGGAAGUCGUCCAACAGAAGUUGAAGGAGUAUGAUGGGUUACCUAGACACCCCAAUUGAGACAUGCGUCGUUUUGGGGAUACAGCGAGAUUUAUACAUGGCGGCAUCGACUUCAGCGUAGGCGCCAGGCGUUUGGCCUUUUGGUGAGCUCGGAGAUAUGAGUUGGCAUCCGACUUACCAAAUCUCACUGUACUGGUAUAGAGCAAUUGGUUAGACAUCAAGAUGCAAGUUGAAGACAUUUGGAAACGGUGUCUUAGGAUCGUUA